UUUGGUCGAUUUAAUCUAAUUUCCAUACUGAGUAUAUCUUUGAUGACUAAGAGGGUAACCUACCAUCUAACAUCAUUGCAAUGGCCCAUGUUUCCCUAAGUUCAAAGAUAUGUCACUUUUUUUCCAAUAUCUCUCAAGACAAUUCAUACAUAUUUUCCCAGACCAUUAGUUCAUUUAGCAGCUUAGAUGUCAUUUAUGUGGUCCAAAAGAUUUAAACUCAAACAUGUUUCAAUCCCAAGGUUCAAUCCUCCUUUUGAUAGAAUACAUUACUAUAUACAUUUUGCUGUUUCUCUUGUGGAAUUUCAUUUGUGGUUACUCUGAGCUUAUUAUUGUUCAUCUAUAUUUUAAUUGCCCUUGUAAUCAGGAAUUCUAGCAUCAUAGGUCACUUUUGCACAUGCACACACUUACAAAUCCCUAGAGUCAAGUAAGAGAAAGCUGAUAUCUUCCUCUAUCAUCUGGAGGAUAGUUUUCAGAGUUAGAAAUUGCCUUAUAAUAAAUGUUAUGAUAAUGAAAGUUCUUCAUUACUAUUCUUUAUGCCUCUUAAAAAUAUUGUUUGUACUUUCUUGAGUGAAUGGGAGAUAUUAUGCACUAAUUAUAGUAUUGCUUUUAUUUAUUUAUUUAUAAAAUUUAUUGGCCAUUCAUCUUACCAUAAGGUAACUUUGGGCGGCUUACAAACAUUCAUUUUAUUCAUGUCUCCAAUUACUUUACACUAGAUAGGGUCUCUUCAGUAUUGUCAAAUUUUAUUUACUUUGAUUUCCAAGCAAGGAUAGAUAUUUUAACAUAUAAUUAAAGUCCUUCUUUUCUGUUGUUUCCUUCUUUUGUGCAAACAGUUUUCUUCAGUUGAUGCCUUCCAGUAAUAUCAUCUCAUUUCUUUUAUAUCUAUUGCAUUUGCUUUCUUGUAUUAAGAAUUCAAAUUCCUUUUGAAUUCCCAUACUUUAUUUUUCUUUUUAACAUUAGUGUAUACGCAAUGAAUGUUCUAUAGUUUGAGUCAAUAUUCUUUAUUUUCACUUUAUCCUACAAAUAAAAACAGUGAAGAUAGAAUUUCCAUGUUUCAGGAAAAAUUAUGUAAACUAGAAUGGCACAUGCUCUAAAUAUAUAGGAACAUAGCUUUUAAAGCAUUAUCACCUUUUAAUUAUAUUUCAGGGAUCACCAUCAACUAAAAGGCGUAGCCAGAUGUUACAACCUAUCAUAGAAGGAGAAACAGCCCAUUUCUUUGAGGAAAUUAAGGAAGAGGAAGAGGAUGGUGAUAUAUCUUCAGAAUUGACUGAUAUAUUAAAAUCCAGUGCCCAAAUACAUCCCAUUGCUACUAGCCCUGUGGAAAACUCAGAAUCUGAUGUUGAAGAAAGUCAAGAGAAACUAACUCGAGAGCUUCGACUUUCUAGUAUCCGAGCAGCUUCCAUGCCUGAAUUAUUAGAACAACUUUGGAAAGCCAGAGGUGAAAAAAAGAAAUUGCGCAAAACCCUACGGGAAUUUGAAGAAGGAUUUUAUCAACAAAAUGGGAGGUCAGUUUAAUAUAUAACACUGAUUGCCCUAGAUUUGCCUUGUUAAUAAAAAUAAAAGUGGAAACAUGCUUGUUUUAAUUGAAGCAUUAGUUUUGCUGAGUGCUAUUUAGUGAGAAUUAAUACACAUAGAUUUUUUUAAAAAUGUAUUUAUAUUUAUGUAUAUUUUAUUUAAAGAAAAUCUAAUGUUGAGUUAUUAGAAACAAUUGAAAAUAGAUUUUUUUUUCAGAGACACAAAAGAUUAGAUAAGUUUCUUUGAUAAUGCCAUAUAUAAUUAAAAUGAAUUUGAUUUCUAUAUCACCUUCUAUGAACUAGAGCAGUCAAACUGGCUUAAGAGUAAGAUGCACACUAUAAAAAAAUGAAAAAGCAUACAUUAAACUGAAGAUGUAAUAGUAAAUGAAGUUGAAAGAGCAUCUUGACUUCUCUUGUAAAGCAGGACAGAAUGGUGACUAUAUGGAAUUCCCCUCCCCACCUUCCAGUUCAUGAAUUAUGAGUGAUUCUCCCAUGUGCCAGAAAAACGUUUGGGCAAUGCAGCCACCUUCAGAAUAUCUUGCCUUACAAAAAUCUUAAAUGCAAAAGAGAUUCAUAGUGAGAGAUAGUGUGAUAGAAUGUAGUAAGAAGAUGGACCCUCAAGAAGAAAAUGCAUUCCAGAGGGGCAACUUAGCCCAGGUGUCCUGGAUGAGGGAGAGUGAAAAUAGCCCACUCCUCUAAGAGUUCACAUUGUAUAUUGUACAUGCAGUUAUUGUAGAUGCAGAUAGUGGACUCCUCAGUCUGGUCAGAUUUUUUCCUAUAGAUGUAAAACAAUAGAGAACUGAUCUUGGAAAAAAUGUCCACCUGUCAUUCUUGGUUUUGGGCCUGACAGGCAUUCAUUCAUACAAUAAGAUUUUAAACCAUU